AUGGCUUCAGAGACAGUGGAGCACCCAGUUCUACAUUCCGUCCUUGGGACCCCCCUAUACGGCGGAGGAGGAAAGGAAUCCCUAGUCGCGUGGCAUACAACAGCCAUCAACGUCAACAACUUCACCUCCAGCACUCAUCACGACCAAGCCUUGUCCAACGUUCUCAGCACAACCACCCAUCACCAACACAACCGAGUUCCAAUCAAGCCCAGCACGCACAACCAGCUGUUUACGCAAUUCCAUCUCACCCAGCUGCCAGGUCAGUUCAGGAGAUCAAUUCAAACACAAACCACGGCCGUUGAACCCACGAGCAUUCAGACCGUGACACCGCCAGACUCACGAUUUCAGGACAAAGUCAUCAGCACCGAGGUGAGACAAACGAGACACAAGAACCGUGUCAAUCAACAAUCCCUUCACACGGACGCCAUUGAACACGCCACACGCUACGAUUUCGAAAACAACAACACUCCGUAUCCCCUUCUCCCAUGUCCCUGA